CUACUUUGUGUCCGAAAACGAAGCUAUUCCGCCUCGCCAAAUUUGCCAUAAGACAUACGCAAUAAACGCUAGCCCAGGUGUUCCGAUGGUAUCCAAAAGGAGAGGGCUAUGGUCAGAACCCACAGCCGGCAACGCAAAAACAACAGCUGUCGGAUAUAACACCCGCCAGUUGGAGGUGCACAGGACCCUAUCCAAUCGCUCUUUGAUAAGAUCGUCACCAACUCUUUUAUUUGUCCAGAUGGAGAUUGAAUUGCCUUCAACUUUGUCGAAGCAGAUACCAAGUCCGUGGUCUGCCGAACUUCCGUUGCUGCAGACGAGAGAUGUACUGGCUGUGGAUUCAUCGCUGCUGUUGGUCGAUUGGGACAUUCAGGUGGAGGUAGUAAAGGAAGUUGUGGCUGCAUAUCAGGGGGAGUUUCGGUACAUUAUCAUCCAUUUGCUUUGA